AUGGUGGAUUAUGGGCUCUGUGUGCUUUCCCAGGAGCCUGCCAAGUACGAGUUCAGCUACGAGGUGAGCGACGCGGAGACUGGCACGGAGUUUGGACACAGCGAGUCUCGCGAUGGUGACGUGGCCCAGGGAUCCUACAACGUGCUGCUGCCUGAUGGCCGCAAGCAGAUCGUCGACUACCAGGCGGACCAGGGAGGCUACCAGCCCGAGAUCCGUUACGAGGGAGAGGCGUCCACUGGCGCUGGGGCGGGUGCCGGCGGCUUUGGCGGACCCGGAGGAGCUGGUGGCGCAGCAGGUAGAGUAGCCCCCUUCCAAGAAAUACUAGCACCCAGAUUUCGUGAUUUUGUGGCAGCGAAGAGGUAG